GUUCCUUUAGCGUCGGCCAUUAAAGUAGUACUCUGUCUUGCAUUAUUCUAAAUAUUCAAAGGGACAUGAUCCAUAAAAGCUUUUAGAUCUACCAUUAAAAGAAACAGAUCUUGGUUCGUACACUCCAUGUGGGUUGUAAAAUAAAAGAUUCAUAAAGAAAAUGAAAGGAUAGCUUUACGACUUUGGUUCUAGAUUCAACUAAUCUCUGUGCCCUAUUAUUAUUCUGUUGCGUUUCUCUGAAGCUUCCUUACUGUUUAAGACUUGUGCUCUUUUCUCCAACGUUGGGAAUUGCAUUAAAUUCGUGUCUCUCUAGGCACAUAGAUUGAUAACUUAUCCUACUUUAAAUGGAAAAUUCGAUGAGGAAGAGAGGACAUGGACACAAUCAAGAUAACUUGUCAGAAGGCUCAGAACCAAAGAGACAGAAGAAGCUUCCAGCUUUGGCAAGUGUCAUCGUGGAAGCUGUCAAGGUAGAUAGUCUGCAGAGGCUAUGCUCGUCUUUGGAACCAUUAUUCCGCAGAAUUGUCAGUGAAGAGGUGGAACGUGCCUUAUCGAAGUUGGAGAACUCCAAAGCAACUCCAAGAUCUCAAGAACCAAAGAAGAUUCAAGGCGUUGAUGGAAGAAGAAACCUUCAAAUUCGUUUCAGAACACGAAUGCCUCCUCAUUUAUUCACAGGAGGCAAAGUCGAAGGAGAGCAGGGCUCAGCCAUUCGCGUGGUUCUUAUAGAUGCGAACACUGGAAACGUAGUUCAAACAGGAGAAGAAUCAAUGGCAAAGCUGAAUGUUGUCGUGUUAGAUGGAGACUUCAGUGAUGAAGACGAUGUAGAUUGGACGAGAGAACAUUUUGAGACCUUUGUUGUGAAAGAGCGGGAAGGUAAACGUCCCAUCUUGACUGGUCACAUGCAUGUGGUACUUAAGGAAGGUGUAGGAACUCUAGGAGAACUUACUUUCAACGACAACUCGAGCUGGAUUAGGAGCAGAAAGUUUAGGCUUGGUGUUAAGGCUGCAUCAGGGUUUCGUAUACGUGAAGCUAAGACAGAGCCUUUUGCUGUUAAAGAUCAUAGAGGAGAACUAUACAAGAAACAUUAUCCACCAGCUUUACAUGAUGAAGUCUGGAGAUUGGAUAGAAUAGCGAAAGAUGGAGCACUACACAAGAAGCUAGUAAAAUCUAACAUCAUGACUGUUGAAGACUUCCUUCGGAUACUUGUGAAGGAACCGCAGAAGCUAAGAAGCUUACUUGGGAGUGGAAUGUCAAAUAGAAUGUGGGAAAACACGGUGGAGCAUGCGAAGACUUGCGUAUUGGGUGGGAAGCUUUACGUUUAUUACACAGAGCAGACACAUCAUCAUAACACAGGAGUUGUCUUCAAUCAUAUAUAUGAGUUUCGAGGCUUGAUUGCUAAUGGCCACUUCUUAUCUCUUGAAUCUCUUAAUCAUGACCAAAAGAUUUCUGCAGACAUUCUGGUGAAGGCUGCUUAUGAGAACUGGCACAAAACGGUCGAGUAUGACGGUAAGCUGUUGAAUUGUUUACCAGAGGCAAAAAGGGCACAGAACCAUCAGGAGACUCUGCAGUGUCAUCAGAAUGUGAAUAAUAGCUACUCAGCGGUUCCUCAGGAACAGAUACAGCAUCCGUUUGUGCAACAGCCACGCAAUCAGUUAGGAGACUACACAUUGAUGGAGAGUUCCUCAGUUUCAGGCUCAUACAAUGGAGACCGUGAAGAUGUUUUCACAGAGGAAAUUAGGGUGAGGAGUUCAGAGAUGCUUGAGACCGAUGAUAUGCAGAAACUGCUCAAGACAUUUGGGUUAGCAGGCGGGUUUACUCAUGUUGAUGAGUCCUAUUACGGUUUAAAUGAUCGGUGUGAAGCUCAGAUUGAUAAGGGUUAUGGGAGAGAACGAGGCAGAGGCUCAGGGAAAGCUGUGGUGGGAUGGCUUAAGCUUAAAGCUGCAUUGAGAUGGGGUAUCUUUAUACGCAAGAAAGCUGCACAGAGGAGGCCUCAAAUUGUGGAGAUUGACUAAGGGACUGUAAAUACUAUGGGAGCUCUUUGUGAAAAAAGACAAAUCUAGUGUUGGAACUUUGCAUUGUAAUGUUUUUAUUUGUUUGCUUGUUACGUAACUCUGUGUAGUAUAUACUUGUUUGUCUCGGCAUGGAAACAUCUUGUUCUCUGUUAGCUUCUCCUACAAGUAAUGAUGUUAUACAAAAAUCUCAAAGUUGAUUCUACA